GGAGUUACUAACGUUAUAAACAAUUUUUGUUCAGACCUCACUCACUCCUUUGCAACUCUCAAUCUCAGUUUUCACUUCAUCGUUUUGUGAUUCUCUCUCUCUCUGUAAUGGCGGCACGCUUUCAAUCUGCGGCUACUGUAAAUGUUUGGUGGAUUCAGGUACCAUGCUGUUGUUCCCAAUAGGGAAAGAUGAAAUUGAAGUCUAAGAAAGGAUGGAAGUCCGUUGUGGCUGUUCAUUUGAAAGGAAAAUCAUCAACCCGUUUUUCUUUAUUUCGCAAAGUGAAUUCAGGUGGCCAUGGACCGGGGAAAACACCAGUUUAUCUGAAUGUUUAUGACUUGACACCCGUGAAUGGUUAUGUGUACUGGGCUGGUCUUGGUAUAUAUCACUCUGGUGUAGAAGUUCAUGGUGUAGAAUAUGCAUUUGGAGCUCAUGACUACCCAACAAGUGGUGUUUUUGAGGUUGAGCCUCGACAAUGCCCUGGCUUCAAAUUCAGGAAGUCAAUACUCAUAGGAACCACAACUUUGGAUUCUACUCGGGUCAGGGAGUUCAUGGAACGCCAGUCAGCAAACUACAAUGGUGACACAUAUCACUUGAUUGUUAAGAAUUGCAACCACUUCUGCAAAGACAUCUGUUACAAGCUGACGGGGAAAUCCAUUCCAACAUGGGUAAAUCGAUUGGCCAGGCUAGGUUCAAUUUGCAAUUGCAUACUCCCUGAAGCACUGAGGAUUUCUGGUGUGGGGCAUGAUCCUAAUUAUGAGGCUGAAGACAAUGAAAAGAGAAGGCUUCGAAGUGGCUUGAACUGCUUGUCCUCAAUCUCCAUGCGUCAGAAGCACCUCUCCACUUCUUCACUGUUUCUACAGUCACCAUUAAGAGGCUGCUUGUCAUCGUCAUGGCCCUCCUGGGAAUUGAGAAAAUCCAUUAACCGUUCCUUGAAGGAACGAUAACUCAAACUUUGAGAAUUCUAUCAAUCUUGGUUAUGUUAGUCUUCUGUAAGUAGUAUUUCUGUUUCGCCACUUGUAACUUCAUUUUCUUUUCCUGUCUUUUCCCAUAAACCUCUCCUACUUUUUUAUUAAUGGUGGUGCUACAUCUGCCAUUCAUAUGUUCAUUUUCUCAAUUUGAAACUAAGAACGAUCCUUUCCAAGA